AUGACAAAGAUUUUCAUAAAGACUUUAAGUUCGUUUUACUAUGACCAUAUGAUCCCAAGAGCACCAAAUGACUUCACUGAAAUGGUGAUCAUGUGGAUGUGGCUUGAAGAGGCAGUCCGUGAAGGACGUUUAACUAAAGAAGUGAGCUCUUCCAGUAAUGUUAAGAAGUUUGGAAGUGGGUUCAUUAAGAAAAAGGAACAGGAAGCUAAUUCAUUACCUCGGCAUGGGGGAGCUUCAGUAAACAUGAUGCAUGGUUGUCCAGGAAAAUUUGCAGUCUUCGAGGUUAGAUUUAUCAGAGAAUCCUUAGUCAGAAUGCCUGCUAGUUUGACAAGGCUUGCGUUGGUUGAUCAUGAACAUAAUUACACUACUUGUAGAAUUUGCUCCGUAAAUUCGCGUGCAUGUCCUCUUUUCAAUAUUCCGAAGCAUGUGGAGAUCAUUUACAACAGCCAAAAGACUUCUGUUUCUCCUUUGAUUAUCAGUUUUCCCGGUCCAGUUCCUUAUAAAUCUGACAAGGCUAUACCAUACAAGUAUGACGCCACCAUGAUUGAAGAUAGAGUUGAUGUUCCUUUGCCUCCCGCUGUUAAUAUUGUUGAUGUCAGAAGAGUCACAAGAAGUGGGUGGAUAAUGAUUGAAGACGGAGUGGAGGUUCCUUUGCCUUCUGUUGUUAAUAUUGCUGAUGUUGGUCAGUCUAGUGGUACAAAUCAGAAGGUGGAUAAUGAUGAAGUUCUAAAAUUGAUAAAGAAAAGAGAGUAUAACACGGUGGAGCAACUUUUACACACACAAUCAAAGAUAUCCGUGUUGUCCUUGUUAAUGAGCUCUAAGGCUCAUCGAGAAGCUUUGCAAAAGGUUUUAGAACAAGCGUAUGUAGAUCAUGACGUGACUGUGGGUCAAUUUGACGGUAUUGUAGCUAACAUAACUGCCUGCAAAAAUCUAAGUUUUUAUAAUGAAGAGCUCCUUAAAGAGGGUAGAAACCAUAAUAUGGCGCUACAUAUUUCAAUGAACUGUGUGAGUGACACUUUUUCCAAUGUGUUGGUAGAUACUGGAUCGUCACUGAAUAUGAUGCCGAAAUCAACACUUUCCAGAUUAUCUUUUCAAGGCGCUCCAAUGAAGGGUAAUGGGAUUAUUGUGAAGGCUUUUGAUGGUUCCCGCAAAACUGUUGUUGGAGAGUUAGACUUGUCUAUCACUAUUGGUCCUCACGCUUUUAAAAUCACAUUCCAUGUUAUGGACAUUGAAGCAACACACAAUUUUUUAUUAGGUCUCUCGUGGAUCUAUGAGGCAGGGGAAGUCACCUCUACUCUUCAUCAGAAGCUCCAAUUUGUAAAGAAUGGAAAAUUGGUGAUGGUAUGUGAAGAACAUGCUUGA